CUUUGCCUGCUGUGGCUCAUUUAAAGUGUUUUCUUGUCCGUAGCUGUUUGAUGUGUGGUUUGGAGUGGAAGAUUUUGUCUGUCCCCCUCUGUUUAUGCUGACUAACUGCUGGCAUCUCAGAAGGGAGAGAAGAAGAAGAAAAAGAAGAAGGUGUCCAACACAGACACGCUCCAGGAGCAGAGGAAAAACAAGAAGGAGAUGGAGUUUGAGCUGAAACUCGCUAAGGAGAAAGAAGGGAUGCACGAGCGAGAGAAGCAGCUGAAGAUCAAUAGGCUGGUGCAGGAGGUAUGAAAAGAAAGAGGGAGUUCACCCAAGUUAAUUAGACUUUCAUGACCUAAUAUUUAUGAUGCACAUUAUGUCAAAGUCACCUUCGCUUGUUUUGGCUUCAACUCAAAUGCCACCGAGUUGUACAUCCUGGUCCUUUGAGACCUGAGCAGCUGUGUUUGCAUGUGCGUGAGGGUUUGACGCUUGUUGUCUGAUGCUGCCCGGGCGAUGCCUCUGCACCAGGUUUCAGAGACGGAGAGAGAAGACCUGGAGGAGUCUGAGAAGGUGCAGCACUGGGUUGAGCGUCUCUGUCAAACUCGGUUGGAGCAGAUCUCCUGUGUGGAGAACGAAUCCCCAGAGCUCUCCCCGCCACGCUCUCCUGCCUCCGAGCCCAAGGUGAGGCGUUUCCCUGGCGGCCUCCAUCUGGCCACCACCGACCUGGACGACAUCAACCUGGAUGAUGUUGAUCAGAGCCUGAGGGGCCCACUGAGGAGACUGGCCCCCACUCAGCCCAGCACCAGCCAUCCUCCCCCUCCCUUACCUCUCCCUCCCCCUUCAGCCAAACUGAACCCCACCAUCCCCAACUACUCUCCUCCUCCCUCUCGAGCACCGGCUCAGCGCAGACCGCCGUCUCCACCUCUUAGCAGGAAACCUCCCGUCUCCCCGUCUACCUUGACCAACAAGGGGCGCAGGCCACACCCACAGUCCCACCCACACUCCCACCAACAGUCCCACCCACAGUCCCACCGACAGUCCCACCCACAGUCCCACCCACAGUCCCACGCUCAGCCUCACCCAACGCAAACCCAUCUCGCUAGCCACCCCUCCUCCCACUACCCCCCCCAGUUUCAGUCCUCGAGGCCUCCAUCCUCGCCUCAGCCUACUCCCCGGCCUCCUCCUCCGCCGCCACCCCCUCCUCCUCCGCCACCUCCGCCUCCCCCUCCACCGCCACCUCCGCAGCACUCUGAAGACAGGAUGGGCAACCUUGGUUUGUACCGCCAGCAUCCUCACCAUCCUCACCAUCACCUCCAACACCCACCCAGUCCGCCAGAGCACAGGAGUGAGUGGGAGACGGGCGGCUAUCUCCCGAGAGGAGGGCUAUACUCGUCUAACGCCAGUGAAAUGUCCUACCCCUCUAGUCCAAAGGUAAUGAGAAAUACGUCGCAUGCCAGUCACGUUUCCACCUCCAGCGGUCCCCUGCAACUCGCUCCUAGCCCCCCCAACCAGAGGCGUCAGAUGGCCCCUGUCAUGUCGAAGCCCGUCAUGCUGCCUCAGGCGCAGACGCACCGACCAGAUCCUCACAAAGCUGCAGUCCGAUCGGAUGCCCUGCCUCAAGAAAUGCUGAAACGGAUGGUGCCUUUCAACUCGUCUUUUAAAUCGAAGAACAAACGACAAGGAUUUCAGAAAUACGAGGACGGUUUUGAUCCCUACUCAAUGUUUUCCUCGGAGCAGGUAGACGGACGAGAAGUGAGGCUGCUGAGAAUCAAAAAGACCGGACAGCUGGACCUGGCUCUGGAGGGUGGAGCAGACUCUCCUCUGGGAAAGCUGGUGGUGUGCUCUGUGUAUGAGGGUGGAGCUGCAGAUAGGCACGGGGGCAUCGUACCAGGGGAUGAACUCAUGGCCGUGAACGGGAAAAUCCUGAUCGAUGCCACGUUGACCGAGGGACAGAACUCUCUUGCUCGAGCCUGGAAUAGUGGAGGGGACUGGAUCGAUGUUGUUAUCGCUGUUUCUCCUCCGAAGGACUAUGAAGAUGAAGUGACGUUCUUCUAAUCUUUCACAACCUGCCAAGAAAACCAGACUGAUUGAGAGGAAGUUUUUUUUUCUAUUGAUGAUUCCUUCAAGAUGCACAAUCUAAUUUUAUCUCAAUAAAAAAUGACUGUUUCUGCUUUAUCUUCACACACAUCUGUACAAGUCUUUUUGUUCUUGACAUUACUCGAAUCUCUUUGAGAAUCAGCCUUGUGUCAUAUUUUGAGAUGUUAACAAAAGUUGAUGUAUAUUGUCAUUGUCACUGGCUUGCUCUAGUUAAGAGACAAAUGACCAUCCAUCUUUCAGGAGGCAAACUGUGAUCAAUAGCACGUCUGUAGUCUGCCUUUUCCCAAAGCCCCACAGAGGACUGCAGCUCCUAAGCAGAAAGAGUUUCUGUAUCUGUAUUCUCUGCUUUGUGGCGGUGGCUCAGGAGGUAGAACGGAUCGAAGGCUGAUGGUUCGAUCCCCGUCUCCACCAUUCCUCGUGUCCAAGUCUCCUUGAACAAGAAACUGAGCCUUAAAUUGCAUUAUGUUUGUCAUAUUAAAACGCAGGACUUUAUAUCUUCCUUUCACACGUUAUUUGGAACUGUUGAAUUUCUCUAUAUUAUACAGUGUCGACCACACUAUGUAAAUUGCCUUGAGAUAAUGAAUGUUGUGAUUUGGCAGUAUGCAAAUAAGAUUGAAUUCCACAUAAAAUUUCUUGAAAAAUGUAAAUGUCUCCGUUUUGAUUAUUUGAAAUAUUAAUAAACAUCAUUCUACAUAUAAUAAAUUAGAUUUUAUUUGAAGAAAGAAGUUUCUCUCCUGUUGCACA